AAGUUUUCUGGAAAAAUAAGCAGCAAUUUCUCUAUAUUCCAGAUUGCCAGGAUAACUCAGUGUGGUGGUGGUAUCACCAUGGUAACUCAGUGUGGUGGUGGUAUCAUCAUGGUAACUCAGUGUGGUGGUGGUAUCACCAUGGCAACUCAGUGUGGUGGUAUCAUCAUGGUAACUCAGUGUGGUGGUGGUAUCAUCAUGGUAACUCAGUGUGGUGAUGGUAUCAUCAUGGUAACUCAGUGUGGUGGUGGUAUCAUAACUCAGUGUGGUGGUGGUAUCAUCAUGGUUACUCAGUGUGGUGAUGGUAUCAUCAUGGUAACUCAGUGUGGUGGUGGUAUCAUCAUGAUAACUCAGUGUGGUGGUAUCAUCAUGGUAACUCAGUGUGGUGGUGGUAUCACCAUGGUAACUCAGUGUGGUGGUAUCAUCAUGGUUACUCAGUGUGGUGGUGGUAUCAUCAUGGUAACUCAGUGUGGUGGUAUUAUCAUGGUUACUCAGUGUGGUGGUGGUAUCAUCAUGGUAACUCAGUGUGGUGGUGGUAUCAUCAUGGUAACUCAGUGUGGUGGUGGUAUCAUCGUGGCAACUCAGUGUGGUGGUAUCAUCAUGGUAACUCAGUGUGGUGGUAUCAUCAUGGUAACAUGCUUUAAAGUGGCCUUUUCUAGUUAGAUAGGGUGCUAUAUCAAAUUUUGUAUAUUUAUUUUUGUUUAUAGUUCAUGGUAUAUCACCAUACAUGUAGCAAUUCAGUGUUCUUGUUCACAUUACAUCACCAUGGUAACUGAAUGUUAUA